UUUUUAAUUCCAUGAGUAUUACGAAAAAUUUCCGAAAGUCUUUCAUAAUUAUUAUAACUUCCAUCAUUCCCGUUAUUAUUUGUAUUAUUAUUAUCUUCCAUUUCGUCGUCCAAUUCAAUCAGUUUACCUUUCCCUUUAUUUUGGGCAUCUUCAUUUCGAAGAAUAUACCAUGAAGGAAUUUUUUCUUUCUGCGGUUUUUUAUCAGCUAACAAAACUAGCUGGGAAAUAUAUUUUUUAAAUUUGUCUUCAGCAAUUAUUUCAUUUUCGUUUAAUAAAUUGAUAAAACCAUUCUCUGAUUCAUUUAUUUCCAAUUUAUUUUCAUUUAAUAAACAUUCUGUUUUUGAGGUUUUUCUUGGUUUUCUUUUUUUAUUGUUAGCUUUUAAUAUGCGAAACUCGUAUUUAUUUAAAUUAUUAUUUUCGUGAAUAGGCUGUGGGCAUUUUAGUGUAUAUUCAAUAUGUUUGUAGU